AUUAGAUUUACUCACCCAAAGAUCAUUGCCACUUCCCAGGGUCUUGAUCCAAGGUCAACAGCAAAUCUGUUCUCGAACUCUUCUUGUGUGGGUGAAAAAACAAUCAAUGAUGAGGAUUGUUUCAUCCUGAAACUAGAGGCUGAACCCUCAACACUCCGAGCCAGGAGCAGCAGCAACGUUGAGAUAAUCCGGCACACGGUUUGGGGCUACUUCAGUCAGAGAACAGGUCUCUUAGUCCAACUGGAAGACUCCCAUCUCUUAAGAAUCAAAGCCCCCGGAAAUGACAGCAUUUUCUGGGAAACCACGAUGGAGUCCUGGAUUCAAGACUAUAAAACCAUAGAUGGCAUCAACAUUGCACAUGCUGGCAAGACGUGGGUCUCAUUGUUCAGGUUCGGAGAGAACUCCGAGAGCCAUUCCAGGACAAGGAUGGAAGAGGCUUGGACGAUUGAAGAAGUGGAUUUCAACAUAAAAGGGUUGUCCAUGGACUGUUUCCUGCCUCCUGGUGACCUGAAGAAAGAGGAAGAAGGAUAUGGUAUUGUUUCAAGUAAUGUAAGGUUGCCAUUCAAGCUUAGAAAUGGUUCUACUAGGGUUAGUGCUUCCAAAAUAGUUGCCAUUGAUGUUGAUGAAUGUGAUAACUCCUCGGAUGAUGAAGAUUUGUAAAUUUGGUUCCUAAUUUUUGUAAAUAUUACCACUACAAAAGUAUGUAUCCAUUUGUAGUUGCAUAUGGAAAUGCCAAAAUUUUGAGUACUUGAUAUUUUA